AUGGAGGGGCAGCGGGCGCUCACGGCCGCCCGGGCCGGGGACCUGGCCACCCUGAAGCAGCUGCUGGACGCGGGUGCCCUGGGCCCAGGCAUCGUCGACUCCCUGGGGGCGGGCCUGGUGCACCACGCCACCCGGGCCGGCCACCUGGCCUGCGUCAAGUUCCUGGUGCGGCAGGCCCGGCUGCCCGGCAACCAGCGAGCCCACAACGGGGCCACCCCGGCGCACGACGCCGCUGCCACCGGCGGGCUGGCCGAGCUGUGCUGGCUGGUGCGAGACGGGGGCUGCGGGCUGCAGGACCAAGACGACUCGGGCGUCUCCCCGCUGCACCUGGCCGCCCGCUUCGGGCACCCCCUGCUGGUGCAGUGGCUGCUUCGGGAGGGCCAUGCGGCCGCCCUGGAGACGCUGGAGGGGGCCCUGCCGCUGCACCACGCGGCCGUCAGCGGGGACCUGACCUGCCUGAAGCUCCUGGCCGCUGCCCACGGCAGCGGCGUGAACCGGCAGACAUGCAAUGGGGCCUCCCCGCUCUACCUGGCCUGCCAGGAGGGACACCUGCAUCUGGCCCAGUUCCUGGUGAAGGACUGCAGUGCCGACGUGCACCUGCGUGCCCUCGAUGGUGUGAGCGUGCUGCACGCUGCCGCUGCCCGCGGCCACUACUCGCUCGUCGUCUGGCUGGUCACCUUCACCGACAUUGGCCUGACAGCUCGGGAUGACGAGGGGGCCACAGCCCUCCACUUCGCGGCUCGAGGCGGCCACACACCCAUUCUCGACCGGCUCCUGCUGAUGGGCGCACCGGUUGUGACGGACUCCUGGGGUGGGACCCCCCUGCACGAUGCAGCAGAGAACGGGCACGUGGAGUGCUGCCAGACGCUGGUCUCCCACCACGUGGACCCUUCCCUACGAGAUGAAGAUGGUUACACGGCGGCAGACCUAGCAGAGUACCAUGGACACCAGGACUGUGCCCAGUUCCUGCGGGAGGUAGUCCAGCCGGUGCGGCUCCUGAUGACGCCGCCGCCGCCGCCCUUCCCCCCUCCUCCGCUGUCAGCCGCGAGGGACUCCCCAGAGGACGGAACAAGGGGCUCGGGGCUCCGGAGCCCCACCUUAGUGACUCCCGGCCCCUGGCCUGGCCAGCCUGACCAGCCUCUUCCAAGGGAGCAGACGGUCCGAGCAGCAUCCCCACGGGUCAGCACCAGCACCGUGGCCGUCCCCACGGGCGAGGACAUGGCGGCGGGGGACGCCCCAGACUGCCUGGCGGCGCUGCAGCUGCACAGGCUGCCCUCGGGCGACCUCGACGGGCUGGUGCCCACGCGGGACGAGCGCGGCAGGCCCAUCCCCGAGUGGAAGCGGCAGGUGAUGGUGCGGAAGUUGCAGGCGCGCCUGGGCGCAGACCCCGCCCCCCAGGCCCAGGGUGACAGCAGGAGCGUGGGCCCCGCGGAGCAGGCGGCCUGGCGGUACUCGCAGACCCACCAGGCCAUCCUGGGCCCCUUCGGGGAGCUGCUCACCGAGGACGACCUGGUGUACCUGGAGAAGCAGAUCGCCGACCUCCAGCUGCGGCGCCGCUGCCAGGAGUAUGAGAGCGAGCUGGGCCGGUUGGUGGCCGAGCUGCAGGCCCUGCUGCCCGCUCCCCUGGUCAGCAUCACGGUCAACAGCCACUUCCUGCCCCGGGGGCCGGGACCAGAGGGUGAGGAGGCCCCCGCCCCGGUGCCCGAGCCCAGGGGCCCCCCGGGGGCCUCGGAGGCCCAGCCCGGCGAGCAGCCCCUGCCCUUCUGGUGCGGCCACAUCGCCCGGCUGGUGCGCAGCAUGUCUCUGCUGCUGAAGGGCAUGAACGGGCUGCUGCAGAGCGAGGAGAAGCCGGCGGGCCGGGCCCCCCAGGAGGCGCGCACGGAGGCCCCCGCCAGCGCCCCCCGGAGCGCAGCACAGCGCGAGAUCCAGGAGUGCGGGGUGUCCGUGCGGACACUGCGCGGCCACUUCGAGGCGGCUCCCGGCCCGCCCUGCGCCCCAAACCCAGGCCCCUGUGAGGCAGGAACCCCGCCUGGCCAGUGCCCGAGAGGCUGCUGGCCCUCAGCCCCGGCCCCCAGCGGCAGCGGCGGCCCAACGGGAGCGGCACCCGGGCUGGGCGACGCCGAGGAGGCCAGCGACUCGGGCAUCAGCUGCGAGGAGGCCCCGUCCGAGGCGGGGGCCGUGCCCAGCCCCGACCUGGCCAACCUGCGCAAGGAGCGCAUCGUCAUGCUCUUCCUCAGCCACUGGAAGAAGUCGGCCUACACGCCGGCCCUCAGGACGGCGGCCUGCAGGACCCUGGACGCCCGCCGGGCCAGGCCGCAGGCGCAGGAGGUGGCCGGGGGCCCCGGGGGUCCCUCCCCGCCGCCCGGCGAGGGCCCCCGGCUCGGCCACCUGUGGCAGCAGCGGAGCAUCAUCGCGCACCUGCUGGGCAACUGGAAGGCCAUCAUGGCCCACGUGCCGGCCCGGCAGCUGCGGCGGCUGAGCCGGCGGCCCCGCGGGCCCCUGUCGCCCGAGCAGUUCCUGCCGCACGUGGACGGGGCGCCCGUGCCCUACGGCAGCCUCACGCUGGACCUCUUCAUGCUCGGCUACUUCCAGCUCCUGGAGUGCGACCUGCCGGCCGAGGAGCGCAAGAUGCGCCACCUGCUCUGCUUCGAGGUCUUCGAGCACCUGGGCGCCCACGGCUGGGAGUCCGUGCGAGCCUUCCACAAGGCCGUGACCGACGAGGUGGCCGCCGGCCGCCGCGCCUGGACCGACGGCUUCGAAGACAUCAAAGCCCGCUUCUUUGGCUCCAGCCGCGGUCCCGCCUGGGACCCCGAGCCCGGCCGCAAGUCGGGCCUGACGCCCCUGGGGCCCCUGCCUCCCGCCGCCGCCAGCGGCAGCCCCGAGCCCCCCGCGCAGAGGCCCGGGUCCGGCGGCCAGAGGCGCAGCUUCAACAGCGAGGACAUCUGCGGCUACAUCGACCGGAGCUUCGCCUUCUGGAAGGAGAAGGAAGCCGAGAUGUUCAGCUUUGGAGAGUGAGACAGCCGGGCGGCUGCCUCGGGGAAGGCGACGGGGUGGUUUGGGUUUUCUCUGCUCUUUUCCCCUCUGUCACCCACCUGGUGGCCAGGUGAGCCCAGUGUGCUAACGCCCGCCUCCGGCUCCGCCCCGAUGGGCCCCUCUGCCACUGGGCGACUGGGAGUCAGAAUCCUCAUGGAGAACCCAGGAGGCCCCGCCCGCCCCCCAGGGGGCCCUGGAGUUAGAGGACCCGCCUCCCAGCCCCGGGGCCCCGCCUUGUCCUCGGCACCGGGGUGCUAGCCCGCUUCCUGGGGGCCUCCCUCCAGCGCCCGGGCUCCUGCUCUCCCACCCCGCGGUUCCUCCAGCGCUGGUGCCCCCCGCCCACAACCAGAGCCUGCGUCUGCCUCCCCCACCCCCGUGACCUUGGGCCACGUCCCUUCACCUCCCCAGGCCUCUGUCCCCGUCUGUCCCCAUCUGUGACGUGGGAGAGCUGGCGGUUGGCGAGAUCGAGAUUCGAUGGGCAGCGGCCUUCCUGCCAGGCCCUCCCAGUCUCUGGGCCGCAGCGAGGCCCACACUGGGGCACCUGCAGUCAGUGCAGCCACUUGCUGUCACCUGCUGUCAGCUCUGCUGCUGCGCCCUGCUCCCACUCCAGAGCAUCUGGCCCUGAAAGGAAGGCUCCGUGCGGGCCUCCUGUCCUGUACCCCAGGGCCCACCUGCAGGCUCAGGGGACGGGGCGUAGGAGCUCUCCCCAGAGAGGCAGGGGCCGAAGGGGAGAAACAUAGGUGAGCUGUGCAGUGGCCCCGUCAGGCGGGGUAUGGGGAGGAGCUUCCAGCAUCUUCCCCCGGGAACCCCUCGCCACAGCCGUGGUCCCUUGGGACAGGGGUGCCCUGCAGUGCCCUCUCUGCCCACAGCAGAGCUUGGAGGGUGGCACGCAACUUGUCAGAUGGAGCACAGAGCCCUCCCAGCCAGCUGCGAAGGUGGGGCUGUGGGGUCGGGGCUGCCCGGGCCGGGAAGGGAGGCGGCUCAGGCCGGGCGCUGUGCCCUCCGUAGGGCGGUUGGCUACUCAAGACCCCUGGUCCCAGCCAGACUUCACGAUCGUGCUUGCUGGGUGUGGUGGGUGCCCGGUCCCCAGUCCUGGCCACGUCCUUGGCCUCGCAGAGCCGCCACAUCCUCAUCUGCGGAAGGGGUGUAGCACUGCCCUACCCCCUCCCAGGGCCACAGACCGGGUGUGCGAGGCCCCCCGGGAGGGGCUCCGACCCGAGAGGGAGCAGGUUCUAACGAGCGGGGUGCCACCUCCAGGCUCUUGGACCCCAAAUGUGACUGACGGAGCCAGAUGAGAGCCGGGCUGCCCAACACUGUCACUGCCUGGACCCAGCCGGUGUCACAAGGUGCCAGACACCCCGAGGUCUCCUUCGUUCCUCGUGUGCCACCUGCAGGACCAUGUUGUUCCCAGGGCCUGGCAACAGGGGGGCCGGGGGGGGGGCAGCGGACUCAGGUCAGAGGUGGUGCGGGCCCAGGGUGCUCAGGAGAGCCCGGCAUGGGGCCAGUGCAGCUGACUUGGGGUGUCCCUGCCCACUCCCUGUGGCCUUGGCCACAUCUCUCCAGGGCCUGGGGGCCUGGAUCUCCCAGCGGCGGGGUGAGAGCAAGGCCAGCAGGGGCCGCCCCCCACCAUCCUGGGUCCCAGGGAGACCUGGGGUCAGGGUGUGCUGCCAGGAGAGGGGUGAGGUGGUGGCUCAGACCCAGAUAUGAGGCCUGGGAGGGGGGAGAGGGCGCCUCUGCUGGGCACCCCGGGGUGACUCCCCAGGUGCUCCUCUGCAGACUCUGCUUCCCAGGGGUCUUACAAAAACAUGGUGUCUGGGCAGCAGCCCCAGGAAUUCCGAGUCCCUCAGCCGGGGCCUCUGUCCCCAUCUGGGUGGGGGUGCUGGGAAAGCUGGGGUAUUUCUCUAAGACGUUCCAGGUCCUGGCAACCCCCAGCCCACUAGCAGCUCACCUGUGGGCAGCAGGUGUUCCUGCAGGAAGGAGUCAGAGGCUGACCCCAGCAAGGCCACACUCUCAGCUCCGGGGCCUGUUUGGUGCCUGCAGGCCUGUCGUCCCAUUGGCACAAGCCCCACAGCCCGUUCAGAGGCGCCCAGAGCCGCAGACUUCGGUGAGGGGACCGGGCACGGGGAGGUGAACUUGUUCACGGGGCAAACGCAGGAGCCUCCCCCAGCAAGCUGGCAAAGCACCGGGGAGGGACCACGUCUCUGUCCCUGGCCCGUACAUGUGUGCGGGACACAUGCAGACAAAACGAAAGGGGUAUCAAAGGUGCUGAAGGAACGUCACCGUUUUCCUCAUGACUCAAAUAAACGUGGCUAAGGACGCGGCUCUUCGAUUCCCACUGCACAGGUCGAGUGCAGACUCAGUCUCUUCCUCCUCCUUUUUUAAAAUGACUCCGAAGUUCACUUGCAAGGAACAGUGAACAAAGACAGCGUCCGAGGCCCCAGGGCCCCUGUCCUGAGAGCACACCUGUGUGCACCUCCUGCCCCAUACGGCGGCGUUCGACAGAAGUAGGCAAUGAAGACUCCCAUCCUCCUCGCUCGCUAACCGCUGGGGAAAGCCCAGGGCCGAGCCGGGAGCGGCCCCGCGAGGGAGGCCCGUGCGGGGAGGAAGUGAGCCUCCCGCCCCAGUCCAGCCUUCGGAUGACGACUGCUCCCGCCGACCCCGUGGCGCCCACUAAGGACAGAUCCCGAGGCAGAACCACCUGCGAAAGUGCUCCCAGAGUCAGGAAACUGCCCGAGAUCACAAGUGUUUGUUGUUUGAAGACGCUAGACUUGGGGCUCACUCGUUACGCAGCGACAGAUAACUAAUACAGCACACGGGAAGCUUGAAGUAGAAGAGCCACGGAGAGGCAUUUCAGGAAGGGAGACGUCAGAAUUGUAGAGCAGAAGCCCAGCAAGCACGGUGGUUCCGACCCCCAAAAUACGUGUUGCUCCGACCGACACACCAGAACCCAGAAAGCUGAGAUGCUUCACACAGAAACCACUGCCCUCAGAGAGGUGCCACCGCGAAUCCGUGGUGGAAAGAAGGAAUUUCAGUAACAUUCCCGAUAGUGCUGGCAAACUAUUUGGCAGGGGGUUGGGUAUAUGACCUCAUGGCAGCCCCUGCCCAAAAUAAGUCCCGGAUGGAAUAAGAGAUAUUGUAAGCAGACGACGACGAGGGGGUGGGCAGGUCAGGUGCGCUGGACGGCCUCCCAGCCCGACGGUGCCAGGACGGGUGCAGGGGACCGUGUUCCAUCCUGCCGGGGGAGCUACCCCCGUCCUCCGUGCUAGGCCACCCUGUGGUAGGUGCAUCGAGCUGUAAGGACGAGCGCACACUUGGACUUGGUGACUUCACCCUCUGAAUCUGUGCCGGGGAAAGAAUCACAGAGGCGGCCCCAGAUUAUUUAUCAUAGUCCCAAAUGACACAACCCGAAUGUCCAUUAAUAGAAGUGACGGGAUGUCCCUUCGAAUUCUUAAGGUGUGGUACAUCCCCAGUAUGAUGAAAUUUAAGAUCGUAUUCUCAACGACCGGUCGCGUCAGAAACGCUGGAGAUGUACCAUAGAACCAUAAAAUAAGACGCGCCCGCACACCCGCAGCCGCCCUCGCGUGGACACGGGUGAGACUGUUAACGGUGAUUAUCUUUCCCUGGUCGAAGUGUUCGGCUUCAUCUUUUCCUGUGUUUUCCAAACGCUCCACAGUGAACAUGUUAUUUUUAUCAUCAUAAAAAGAAACAAACAGCGUA